GCCGUUCUGUACUGAUGACGUGAGCAACGCCGAACACCCGCGCGGCUCUGAGCACCGGGCACGCGCCUACGCGCGCGACCCCAGCACCGUGCAGCAAACAUGGCGGCGGAGGGUGACUUCCUGAUGCGCUAUCGGGCUGUGUCAAAUAAGCUGAAAAAGCGAUUUCUGCGCAAGCCUAAUGUUGCUGAAGCAAGUGAGCAAUUCGGUCAGUUGGCCAAAGAGCUGAAACAACAGGACUGCCUGCAGUAUGCAGCCUUUUGCAAUCUGGCCAUGGCGAGGUGUGAGCAGACUUUAUUCAAUGCGCCAGGCGAGGCCCUCGCACUGACUGAGGCUGCCAGGCUCUUUCUGCUCUCCGAGCGGGAGAAUCACUCACUGCAAGCCCCCGGCUUUGACGAGCACCUCCAGGCCGCACUCAACUGCUACAGUUUCGCCAUCAAGGUAUACAUAGAGAUGAACCAGCCAGUGAUGGCUGCCAGUCUGUCACUGGAACUGGGCAAUGCUCUCAAGGAGAUGAACCGGCCCGGGGAAGCCGUCGUCCAUUACCAGCGAGCCGCGGAGCUGCAGGUCCAGACGCCAAUCGAGUCGCUGCUGUCCAUGGGGGAGAUCGCCUCUUGCAAAAUCCUGACACGUGAUUACUACGGUGCGCUGGCAGUGCUGACGGAGAUGCAGUUUGUGUGUCAGGAGCGCGGCCUGCAGGUUCCCGGCACGAACACGCCCGUAGGAGCCUUUCUGGACAUCGUGGCCAGAUGCGAGGUGACCAGAGUUCUCCUCCUCAUGCUGCUUGAGCCCCCCCCUCAGAAGCUGCUUCCGGAGCAUGCUCAGACCCUGGAGCGUUACGCCUGGGAGUCUUUUGACUCUCAUAGCCAAGUGACGUUUCUUCCGGAGAACGUGUUCCUGCUUCUGCAGUCUGUGGUGAUGGCCUGUCAAGAAAAAGAUACGGAAUCUUUGAAAUCCCUGCAGACCGAGUUGUGGCCCCUGCUUUCUGCAGAACAGAAUCAUCUCCUCCAUUUGGUGGUACAAGAACGCAUCACCCCCUCUGGACAAGGCAUUUAAUGGAACAUUCCCAUUGUAUUCUAGCAGACAGGUUAUCGGCUAGGCCAAGGCCCAUGCAGCACGAGUACAAUGAAGGUCUAGAUCUGUAUCAUUCUCCUAGAACAGCCUGCGCCAUUCAUACAGGGGUGGAGUUUGACUUGUGUCCUUUGUUUAUAUGUAAAUCUUGAGUUGUAUAAAGUCUUUAAAUAUGUAACUUAAUAAAUGACUUGAAACGGUA